CACCGGAGCAACACUCGAGAACAUUUCCUCUCGCACCUCUUCACUGCCCCUUUCUUCUACUCGCACAAACUUUUCCCUACACCCCUUAACCAUGUCUUCCAACACCAAGACCUUCACCGCCGAUGCCGUCCUCUUUGACAUGGAUGGCACUCUUACCGACUCUAUCUCUGCAGUCGAGGCCGCCUGGGGCAAGGUCGCCGACGACAUUGGCCAGGACCGCGAAUACGUGAUCGCCGCCACCCACGGCAAGCGCGCCGUCGACAAUCUCGCCCAGUUUAAGCCCCAUAUCAAGUCUCACGAGAUGGACGCCGCCGUGCAGGAUUUCGAAGAGAGCAUCCUGUUCUUCGCCGAUGCGUACAACAGCCACGGUCCUGGCUCCCUCGUUAACACUCCCAUCGACACACCCAUGACCUACACGCCCAUCUCUGGCUCCCAGACCCCCGACCUCUCCCUGACCCCCUCUUCGUCUGCUCCCUCUUCUCGCGCCAACUCCUUCGCCGGUGGCCGUCGCCCGUCCUUCGGAACCCGCCUGAACAAUAUGCUCUCGAUGUCCGCUAUGCCCCAGCGCGAGGAGCGUGUCACCAUUGCCGACGACUCGAUCGAAGAGGAAGAGGAGCAGGACCUUCGCUCUGAGGAGGAGCUUCUCAAGGAGAAGCAGAGGACUCUCAAGGCAUGGCAAGUCGAGGCCUGCGCUGUCGACCGCGCUGUCCAGAUUUUGCCUGGCGUCAAGAAGAUGAUGGAUUCCAUCCCCAAGGGCCGCUACGCCGUUGCCACCUCUGGGGCUAAGACAUAUGCAUACGGUUGCAUGACACGCGUUGGCAUUACACCCCCGCCCGUGACUAUCACUGCCGACGACAAGCGCCUCAAGAACGGCAAGCCGUUCCCCGACCCCUUCCUGCUCGCCGCUAAGGAGCUCGGCUACGACGCCAAGCGCUGCGUCGUCUUCGAGGACUCACCCUCGGGUAUUAAGGCUGGUGUGGCCUCCGGUGCGACCGUCAUCGCUGUCUGCACGAGCCACGAGCGGAGCAGGAUUGAGAACGCCGGCGCGCACUAUAUCGUCGACAAUAUGGAGCACGUCAAGUGCGAGGUUGAGGACGGCAAGCUCAAGUUCUCCGUUACGCUAUAGACGUUGAUCGUCUUCACCCUUUCACGAUUCCCCCCUUGUUUUAUAUUGAUACCCACCCGUCGGAGUGGCGCUUUCGUUCAUUAGGAGUAUGUCUUCUUCUGUCGUUAGUGGCAACUUCUCGCAUCUCUUUUCUUCUUCAU